AUGGUGGUGUGGCAGUCAAGCGGGGACUUCCUCAACUCCCUGCAGCUCUCUCUCGCUGUCUCUGAAGAGGAGGUUCUCCCUGAGCAGCAGCACUGUGAGCAGGAGUGGAGCCCCAGUCUGGGGCAGGAGGACCCCGAGCCCACACAGAUUAAAGAGGAACAGGAGGAAGUCAGGACCAGUCAGGAGGAAGAGCAGCUUCAAGGGCUGGAGGCUGAUAUCAUAGAGUUCCAAUUCACUCCUUCCUGUGUGAAAAGUGAAUGUGAUCAGGAGGACCCACUUUGGUCCUUGACUCUUCCCCAAACCCAGACUGUGGAGAACAGAGAGUGUGACUCUAUACCAGUGGAUCUCAAACCUUUUGGCACUGUGACUCACCUAAAGAGUCUCGCCAUUCCCCGUAACCCUCCAGAUAAUGAUAACAAUGCCUCCAGCCACAGCUCAGCCAUAAGCAGAGACCCAGUAGGACUUGACAGCAGCCCACCAUUGGAUCCCCACCCACCACUGGAGAAACUUUCUUCCAAACCCAACACGACGUCUAGAAAAACUCACCGCUGCUGUGACUGUGGUGAAAUGUUUGCUCCAAAGGCUGACCUGCUGAGGCAUGUAACUCUAAACAAGAAGAGACCCAGCGAAUGCUGCUUCUGCAAAACCUGUACACUGAAGGCCCAUGUCCGACUCUGUCACAUGGAGAAACCCUGCACCUGCCCUGAUUGUGGCAAGUCAUUCAAAUACAAAGGAGAUCUGUCCAGGCACAUGAGGAUUCACACAGGAGAGAAAUAUUUUAGCUGUGGUGACUGUGGGAAAAGUUUCAGUCUCAAGGGGAACCUAAUGAAGCAUAAACUGACUCACACAGGAGCAAAACCAUUUAGCUGUGGUGACUGUGGGAAGAGCUUCAAUCGAAAGGAGAACCUAACCAUGCAUAUACGUACUCACACAGGAGAGAAGCCAUUUAGCUGUGUUGACUGUGGGAAAAACUUCAGUCUCAAGGGGAACCUAAUGAAGCAUAAACUGACUCACACGGGAGCAAAACCAUUUAGCUGUGGUGACUGUGGGAAAAGCUUCACUGUCAAGGGGAACCUAACCACGCACAAGCUGACUCACACAGGGGAAAAACCAUUUAGCUGUGGUGACUGUGGGAAGAGCUUCAAUCGCAAGAAAACCCUAACCAUGCAUAUACGUACUCACACAGGGGAGAAAUCGUUUAGCUUUAGUGACUGGGAAAAGCUUCAGCGUCAAGAGGAACCUAAUUGUGCACAAACGGACUCACACAGGGGAGAAACCAUUUAGCUGUGGUGACUGUGAGUAAAGCUUCGGUCAGAAAGGGGACCUAGAGGCUCAUACUGACUCAAAGAAGUAAUAAACACUUUUAAUGUGAUGACUGCAGGAAAGAUUGAGUGUCAAGGGGAAUCUAACCACUCAUAAACUGACAAAGGAGUGAAACAACAUGGCUGCUCAGUCUGUGGUAAAAUGUUCACUCAUAAGGCUUCUCUGCUGAAGCACGUCCACAAAGAAAGAAAAUAGGAUGAAAACUGAAAGACAAAUGUAAUUAGGACAUAGAGAUCUGUCAGUAGAUGGGAAUAAAAAGGCAGGAUGUGGACAACACUUUUAGGAAAAGCAAAGCAACUCUGGAUCAUUAAUGCUGUGGGUUUCAGAUAAAUAAACCUAUAAUGGAUACUUUUGUAAUACGUAUGUAAAUAAAGUUUUGAUUUAACUUGAUUGAUGACUGGAAGUGUGUGGAGAUAUUUUCCUUCCAGCACCUUCACUAAUUUAUUUUGAGUGUGCGGUAGAUUCUGCCUAUUAUCUACAUGGA